AUGCAGUUGGUGACACACCUGGGCACCUACUGGUCCGUGGAAUUCAAAGCUCUAGCCACGAUGAAAAGAGUCGAUGACAUCAACGACGCGACUGUUGUGAAGGUGAAGCCAUCGAAAGUGACAGAGAAAGUCGGAAUCUGUGAACUAGCAAAGCUGACCCUCAAACCUGCCAUGGACAAGAAGAAGGAGGAGGUCCUCAGCUUCGAAUUUCACAAGCGCCGCUACAUCUGGGAUGCAGACAACAAGAAGUUCAACAAGGUUGAGUUUCCUGUUCAUCUUUCUUUCGGGCAGUACCUGUCAGCAACGGGCUACAAGGAUGAGUCGGACAUUGAAGACGCCACUCAUCGAUGGGGUAUCAACAGCUUCCAGAUCCCGCUGCCCUCUUUCAGCGAGCUCUACCUGGAGCAAUGCAGGCAGCCGUUCUUCGUGUUUCAGAUCGCGUGUGUCGCUCUUUGGAGUAUGGACGAGUACUGGUAUUUCUCCAUCUUCACACUGUUGAUGUUGCUCCUGUUCGAAGGAACUGUCGUCUUCUCGCGGACUCGAAACAUUUCCAUGCUACGUGACAUGAUGGGGAAACCCAGCAAGGUGAAGGUGCUGCGAGGAGGCUCGUGGCACACCAUGGACAGUGACUGUCUUCUUCCUGGAGACAUCAUGUCAGUCUCAAGGAACAGGUUGGAUCCUGACGCAGUCGUGCCGGCAGACCUCCUACUUCUCAGCGGGAAGGUUGUGGUCAACGAGGCCAUCUUGACAGGAGAGGCAACCCCGCAGCAGAAGGUUGGAGUUGCCCUGCGAGACAAGCAGGAGGUUCUCUCUCUCAAGCGAUCUUCUGAUACUGGAGAUCGCCUGUAUGUCGUGUUCGGAGGAACCAAGGUCUUGCAAACUGUUCAGGAGCCAGAAACACAUCCAAAGGGUAUCCCAAAGCCCCCAGAUAAUGGCUGCGUGGCUUAUGUGAUCAGAAACGGCUUCAACACCUCCCAAGGUCGGCUGGUGCGAACCAUCAUGUUCUCCAGUGAACAAACAACUGCUGCUACCAAGGAGGCCGGGAUCUUUGUCUCAGUCUUGCUCUGCUUUGCACUAGCUGCAGCAGGAUACGUUCUCAAAGAAGGUUGGCAUGACCCCAAGAGAAACAAAGCGAAGUUGCUGCUGAACUGCUCCAUGAUCAUCGCAUCGGUCGUUCCUCCUGAGCUCCCGAUGAAUCUGUCUCUUGCUGUAAAUUCGUCGCUUCACUCGCUUUCGAAACUUGGAGUCUUCUGCACCGAACCAUUUCGGAUUCCAUUUGCAGGGAAAGUAGGGGUCUGCUGCUUUGACAAGACAGGAACUUUGACGUCGGAGGAUCUGAUCCUUGAGGGAGUUGCAGGGAUGCAGCCACCUAAGGACAACGCGGCUCACUCAACGCUGGAUUCUCCUGCCAACGUCCCUGACCCUUCUGUGCUUGUCCUGUGCGGAUGUCACGGGCUGGUGAACAUCGACGACUCUCUGUCGGGAGAGACGAUGGAGAAGGUGGCGUUGGAGGCGUUCGGGUGGACGUUGAGCAAGGGAGAUAUCUCGAUGGAAACCUCUGGGAGGAAGCGAAAGAUCGUUGUCCACCAUCGUUUUCCUUUUGCGUCUUCGCUCAAGAGGAUGGCGACUGUUGUAGAGCUCGCUGACAGGUCAACGAGUGGAGCUGCUGUCUCUCAGUUCAUGGUCCUCUGCAAGGGGGCGCCUGAAACCAUGCAGGACAGGUACGAGUAUACCCCCCCUUACUUCAAGGCCACCUAUGAGUACUACUCGAGGCAAGGGGCAAGGGUCCUUGCUCUGGGCUACAAGGAGCUCCCACGCCAGCAAAUCUCUCAGCUUCGCUCGAUGUCGAGAGAGACAGCUGAGAAUCAGCUGAAGUUUGCCGGGCUGGUUGUGUUCCGAUGCCCGAACAAGUUCGAGUCUGCAACGUCUCUGAAGGCUCUGAAGGAGUCAGGCCACCACCUGGUCAUGAUCACUGGCGAUCAAGUCUUGACCGCGUGUCACGUGGCGAGGGAGCUGGGAAUGUGCAGCAACGACGUCAGCCUGAUCUUGACGGCCAAGUCGUCAGCUGGAGGCGGAGGGUCUGGUGAGCUGGAGUGGGUAUCGCCUGACGAGAGCGAGAGGCAUCCGUUCGAUGUGAAGGACACGGGGAAGCUGUCCAAGAAGUACGACCUGUGCAUCUCGGGAGAGACCUGGAGAUCGAUGGCAACGGAGACUAUCGACAGGAUGAUGGAGCACGUCAGAGUCUUCGCACGGGUCUCCCCGACGCAGAAGGAGCAGAUCCUGCUCUGCCUGAAGGCGAAGGGUCACUACACCCUCAUGUGUGGGGAUGGUACCAACGAUGUCGGGGCGCUGAAAGCUUCGCACGUGGGAGUCGCUCUGCUGUCGGGCGUGUUCAACCCCGACGACGAGGAGAGGAGGAGGAAGCAGGACAGCGUCUACCUCAACAAGGUCGGGGGACCGACCUUGUUCGACCUCCAGCUCAGGGACGCUCAGAUGGCCAACGAGGAGAUUACCAUCGUGAGGCUGGGAGACGCGAGUAUCGCUUCUCCCUUCACCUGCAGGCAGAACAGCAUCUUCCCCAUAACGAGGAUCAUCCAGCAGGGGAGAUGCACGCUUGUGACAACGAUGCAGAUCUACAAGAUUCAGGCGCUCUCCUGCCUGACGCUAGCCUACUGCCUGUCUGCGCUCUACCUAGCUGGCAUCAAGCUGGGCGAUCAGCAGAUGAUGCUCUCGGCCAUGAUGUCGGCAAUCUUCUUCCUCUUCAUGUCGCAUGCGAAGCCUCUCAAUACUCUUGCUCCUGUUCGUCCUCCUUCAACGAUCUGCUGUUCCUACAUGGUCUUCAGCGUCCUUGGCCAGUUCGCCGUGCAUCUGUUUGUGCUGGUCAAGGCAAUCGAGCACACGAACCCGCACUUCAUCGGCUGCAACGGCUGCAUCGGGGGCACCUGCGUGUCCGAUCGAGACCCUGACUCCAACUUCUCGCCCAACAUCUUGAACUCCGUCAUCUUCAUCAUCACCGCCAUUGCGCAGGUGAUGAUCUUCGCCGUCAAUUACAGAGGCAGGCCGUACAUGCAGUCCCUCACCGAGCAUAAGCCGCUCCUCUACUCGCUCAUCGUCGCGGUGGCCCUCCUCGUCGGAGUCUGCCUCGAAGUGAGCACGGACUUCAACGCAUACUUGAUGUUGACCCCGAUGCCGACUCAAGAGCUCAAGUUCCAGGUACCUCCUCCCUCUGUUUGCCACACGACCUGA